AUGGGUCUUCUAAGCUCUUCCUUUUGGGGUAUCAUCGACGAUAGCCAAGACAGAAUCGAAUCGGCAGGUGCCGAAAACGACCUAGAAUUUCUCAAUCGCCAAUGGCUCUCAUGGGUUAAUGAAGAACACGAAUGCAGGUCGGCUUGGGCUGCGUUUGAGUAUGACUGCAGCCUUUGCACUUUUACUAGCCGACGAGGAACAAUCGAUAUCAGGGGACUGCCUAGGCAGCUACCUUGCAAUGAAUCUCUAUGGAAAGCUACCUCUGCGCAGGCUUGGUUGGCGCUCCGGUCCCGUGCGAAUAUCGCCCCAAAACCUGUCAGCUACGUUGAAAAACAUAUUUACCGGGAAGGAGAUACGUGCUACUAUAGGGAUAUGGGCUCGAAGGCUUUGUUCACAAGUAAUUGGACGACUCUUGUGAGAUCUAAAGCAGCUUGA